AGCGUACGGCCAUGGCCCUCUUCUUUGGAGAUUGCAUUUCUCCUCGAACAUGAUUCUGGGUCAUCUGCGACCACGUAUAGCGCGACGUACAUAUCAUUAACACCAUGGUGACCGAAAGCGCAAAGGCUGUGGGUUACAUCCAGCAACUAGACGAGGCCCGCUGUGCCGGGCGAUGGAAAGACGUGCCCGAGCUGUGCAGAAAGGUCGAGAAGCAUGCUCCUCACCGCCGAUGCCUCACACUCACUGGUCGCGCGGAAGCGCAGAUAGCCACCUAUAUCAACCAGAGACCCUCGACCGCAGCCUCGACGGCAUCCUCCGGCUUCUCUCAGACCGCCCCGACACUGCUCAGCGCCAUCGAAGGAGAGGAUGAUCUGUCGCAGGAGGCCUUCCAGGCCAGUGUCUGCUUGGGAUGGCUGCACUAUGUCUUGGAUGAGCAUGAGUUGGCUGUGUCGCGCCUUCCCGACAGUCUCGACAAAAUUGCCGCUCGUAUCUCUGGGCAGGCAGCGUCACUCACUGGCUGGUCGAAAGUCUGUGUGGUCAAGGGAACCUUCUUGAAGGGCUCCGCUCAGGAAAGGAUAGGCGCUACUGCUGACGCCGUGAAGGCCUACACCUCUAUCCUGCCCUGGCUGUCAUCGCAAACCGGAGAGUCAGCACAAUUCAGAAUGUGGACAGAAAGCCUCCUCGGCCGAUUGUGUCAGCUGUCAGAUCAGAGCGAAGGCAGCAGCGGCAUCAUUGGACCCGUUGAUGCAUUGCAAACCUUCAGAGCGUUGGCCAGAUUUUCCGAGGGAGGACGAAGCGCUGGCUUCGACUCUGCAGGCCACGCCCAGUCCCAUCGUCUGGCCUGGAAAUCGUAUUACAACACACUGUCGACCAUCAUCCGCCACGAACUACCCUACGAAGCAGGAACAAUACAAGCACCUACCGAGAAGCCCGCAGUUCAUGAUCGAACUCCCUUGCGGUUACAACAGCGGGCAGAAUUGAAGCGUGUAGAGACCUUUUACGAGAAUCUUCUGAUCAAAGAGACACACUUCCCCAAAGCAAGCGAAAGCAAUCGCGAGAUCGAAGUCUGGGUAGAAUCCGUCAUUAGCAACUGGCGCAUACUUUGCGGCGCGUCAUGGACCGACAGCGACCUAGGCGAAGGCGGGAAAGAAGGAAUUGGACGCAGUGUCAUCGAUAUUUUGUAUCGAGCCGCGACCAAGACCUACCACUCUACGCAGAUCUUGCGCUAUCUUUUUAUUGUACAUGCAUCUUUGGCCGAAUUUGAACUGGCUUUCAAGGCGUACGAUUCGUACAUCGAGAUCGUGACACGAGGCAAAGAUCGAGCGGAGCAAGAGGGCGAGACAGACGAAGGGGUCGACGACGACAGCACUUUUCUUCGAACAUCGGCUGAAGCGAUACGGCUGCUGUGUCGCUUUGGUUGCCGCAAAGAAGCGGAGAAGGCUAUUGAAAUUGGGCGAAACCUCGAGACAUGGCUGAACCACUACGAGGACAACAAGCCAGCGACUGGUGCCAGCGAGGUACCAGCGAAACGAGCACUGGUCGAGCCCACAGCGCUGGCUAUCGCAUACUGUGCUAUUGGUGUUGCACAGGCGCAUUGGGCGCAAUUCACUUACGAUGCGGAUGCACGAGCCGGCAUACAAGCCAAAGCCAUCCAUUUCUUACGCAAGUCACUUUCGCCGACUUUUGAGGAUCCCAGCAAUGUUGAUGCGCUGUACGCUCUAGCCGCCGUGCUUGCAGAGACAAGGGACAUUGCUGGAGCCAUUAAGGUAGCCAAACGUGCGCUUUCCUCUGCUACGAAAACACAGGCCGCCUACAGCACAGACGGCGUCCUAUCGAGUGGAUCAGCCACUGAGUUCGGCCGUGAGCGAAAAUUGAUUCCCCUAUGGCACCUCCUUGCCCUACUGCUAACAUCGCGUUCCGAAUACACCGCGGCGGAGAAGGCUUGCGAGGCAGCGUUCGCGCAGUUCGGAGAUCCAACAAUUUUGUUCGGAACAGAUGCCGGGACGAGCCGCAGUGAGCAUUUGCAGGACGCCAAUGGACACAACGUCAGCACACCUGGCGUUGUCGACCGUAUGGGCAACUUCGAGAAGAGCGGCAUUCUACAAAUCAAGAUGACCCAACUGGCGCUCAUCGAAGUCACUGAUGGUACCGUAGCUGCUGUCGACGGAUGUGACGAGCUGCUUGCGCUCUAUGGUAGACUUUUCGGUUCGCCCGCUACCGAGAAGGUCAACCUAGAAGUCCCAGCGACCCUGACGCCACCGAAAAGCAGCGCUGGCACAACGAAGGGAAGCAUUUUCCGUGGUCGCGGCUCCAUCAGGACACAGAAAGAUACAUCUGCGCGUAGCUCAGCAGCAGGGCUGCCAGCGCCUGCCAUUCAAGUCACCGACGAGAGAUCGGUACCGCAAGCAAACGGGCAUCAUCAUCAUCAUUUUCCUCACUUGAUUCAUCACCAUAAACAUGAAGAUGGGCAGUCGAACGUUGCCCGGAGCUCAAGCAAGUUGAGGAAACGUAGUACUAGCCUCGGCCGACGAUCUGUGGCAGGGAGCAGCCAGUCAGUAGAAGUGCCGCCCCUUCCUGAGAGCGCAUCAAAUGGAACUCUUACGCGAAGUAACGCCCCACGACCGUUGUCCUCGGCGAGCUCACCUAGGAAGUCGAUCGAAAGCAGCGAGACACCACUCAGGCCUGUAGCGCACAACCUGCCCCAUGCUUCACCUCCCCAAGGCCAUGUGCAUCAGCCUCCUCGACAGGAUACUCGUCUUCCAACUCCGUUGCCCGAUGCCAACUACAUUCCGCCGGACCCUCGCUUUUCUAAGCUCCAGGAUCGACGGCAGAAAGUGUCGUUACUGGUUGACAUUUGGAUCUUCACAGCCGGUUUGUAUGCCCGAGCUCAAGUAUUCGAGGAUGCGAGAGAAGCCGUUACCGAAGCCCUGAAGCUGGUAGAGACUUUUGAAAAUGAGCUCUCACUUGAGUUCUCCACAGCCAAGGCACUCGCCGACAGAGGCUGGGGAGGUGGGAAGAGUGUGGAGGGGCUCUGGGCAGACGCCUACAAUGCUCGCGGUGAACUACUUGUAGCCCAGUCCCUGAAACAUGAGGCCCGUGCUGAUUUUGAGCGCGCACUUCUUCACUUUCCCGAUCACCCGCAGGCUAUUGUGGGUCUCUCUAAUGUUCUGCUCGAUAUCUACAGCCAGGACAUUCCCAUGGAGCCCACCAAAGCCACAGAGAUAACUCCGCUGUUGCCAGCACAAGCUCCACCGUCAUCUGGGAUAGCGACAGAAGCGGAGCCCAAGAAACACCACCUCACAUCUCACAUCCCAUCCGCCGAGAACCAGCUCUCUCCACCUGAGCUCAGCCGUCUUGCUGCUCGCGACCGCGCGUUCAGCUUGCUGUCCACGCUCACGAAGCUUGGAGCAGGGUGGGACUACUCGGAGGCAUGGUACGCACUUGCAAGGGCAUACGAAGAGGGCGGGCAGAUGGAAAAGGCAAAGGAAGUUCUAUGGUGGUGCGUUGAGCUUGAAGAUACACAUCCAGUGCGGAAUUGGAGAAGCGUUGCUUUGGGAGGGCUCGUAUUGUAGAAUAGAGGUGUAGAGCAGACUGGCGGCACAGAACAAGCCCAUCUGCAAUUACUAAGCGCUUGCAGUUGGAUAACACGUUGUUAUUACCUCUCAUUCGUAUGUCUGUACAUAGAGGCUGUGAUGUACCUCGUUAAACGCACCGGGAGGUGGGCGCAAGUGGUCCCUACGCGGUCCCGACAUCACGGCUCGACAUGCUAUAUAGUUCC